CUAUGUAUGGAAACCUCCAUGGGAGAAAUCCCAGUGGACAUCCCACAUGAUUUCAUUAAAAUCAGAAUUGAAAAAUCCCACCUGACUGAGUUACCCCGAGGAUCCUUCUCAAAAGUGCCUGCCUUGGAGUUCCUCUGGCUAAAUUUUAAUGAGAUCGCCCUGAUGAACAUGAAAAGCCUAGAGGGGCUCGCUAACUUGACUGAGCUAAGGCUACAAGGGAACAAGCUGACUUCAAUACCAUGGACAGCAUUUCAGGAUACAGCAAAACUCAAGAUUUUGGACCUUAAGCACAAUCACCUGGAUGUGCUACCCGAACAUGCUCUGAGAUAUUUACCUACACUGACCUACUUAGAUUUAUCCUUCAAUCAGCUUAGUGUCAUAGCAAAAGAAGUCUUCAUUAAUUGGCCCCUUUUCCAAAUAGCUGAGAAAGCCUGGGCAAAAGAAGGGAUGGUGUCAAAUGUGGUUUUGGGGCUGCAUGAUAAUCCCUGGUUGUGUGACUGCCGCCUCAAAGGCUUUGUGGAGUUCAUCAGGGCAGUCAGCCCUCCCAUCAUCCUGAUGAACUCUUAUCUGAUGUGUUCAGGUCCAGCUCUCAAAGCUGACAAGUUUUUCCACGAGAUUCAGUUAAAAUCAUGCAUGAGGCCAGUGACCUCUGCCCCAGAAACCAACAUCACUUUACCUCUGGGAGCAAAUGCAACCCUAACAUGCUUAGUGAAGGGCAGGCCAGAGCCGACCAUUCAGUGGAUGUACAGUCUGAAGAUUAUAAGAGGAUUUGUUGCAUCACAGACAAACAUCGAUGAGGAGACUUUCUCUUCCCAGCUCCUGAUCCCCUCUCUUCAUCUGGCAGACCGAGGACUCUACACCUGCACGGCCAACAAUUUCAUCGGCAAUUCCUCUGUCAACAUUACAGUCAACAUCGCCUCUACUGAUUCUUCCCUUCCUCUCCUACCGCCUGUCCCCAUGCUGUCAUCUGAGGAGAAUGCCUACAUCGAUAUACACAUAGCCAAACAGACAGUUUAUGGAAUCACCCUAGAGUGGCAUGCAGCAACCGAAAACCCAGCAGAAACUUGGUUCACCAUCCACUUUGGCAAAUACGAUUCACCAAAGAAGGAAAUGAUCUACAUUGGCCCGGGCAUCAACAGUUACUCGGUCAGUAAUCUGCUUCCUGUCACCAAAUAUGAGGUGUGUGUGACCCUGAAGAACCACCCACCAAGGGAAGGUCAGUGCAUUGUGUUUGUAACAGGAAGUGACAUUAGUGAGAUGGAGCAGAAAGAAAGGUUAAUCCACAUUAUAGUUAUUGUGUGCGCAAUGGUGCUGGCUGUGCCGGUUGGCAUGUAUGCCUGCACCACAGAGGCCAGGUUCAGCUGUGUGGACCGGUGUGUGGAUCUGUGGAGGAUGCACAGAAUGCAUGAUGAUAACCUGCAGGAGGGGGCGAGGCAGGGCACUUUUGACAGCCUGCAGGCGACCAGCGAUGAAGCUUUGUGCAAAAGUUCGGUGGAAAAGCCAACAAAGAGACGGAAGUCUGAGGAUAAGUGCAAAGGAGGAAGUGCAGCUUACCUGUACUAGCAUCAAAGUCAAGAACUGCAUUCAUAAUACAUUUCUACAUUAAGUUUAUUUGUAGUUUAAGUUUGUGCCUCUAAAUG